AUGAUUAAAAAUAAAUGUAAAUCAUUAGAAAAUUUAGUACCUAUAGCUACAGCUAAAUUUUCACAAACACAAUUUCCUCAACAUUUCGAAACGUAUCGUAAUGAACUUCAUCAUGAAAUGGCAAUGCAUUGGCCAUUUCGUACGAAUGUUUCUGAUUCGAAAAAUAUCGUUCCGACUGUUUCGAAAUCUACUGCACAUUCAAGUAUUCGCGAUGGUAAUAAAUCAAAUUUUAUAUCCACUGAAAAAGAUACUGUAUAUCGUACAAUUUCAUCAAAUUUAACUGGAAAGAAUGUGAAACCAGUAGAGAUAAAUAAAACUAUUAGUGAAUUUUCACUUGAUGAAAAUGAACAACGUACUGAAUGGAAUUUUAAAGCACAAGAAGGUAUUAUUACUUAUCAAUUACCUGAUAAUUUACCUGAUGGUUUGGCUUUACAUAAUAAACUUCAAAAACUCAUGAAAACAAAUACAAUCUAUUUAAAUGAUAGACGUUUUUGGACAACAUUAGAAAAUCGUUUUAAAAUUCUUCGAAAACAAAAUUUUCAACAAAAUAUGCAACGUUUACGUCAAUCUCAGCAACAAUAUGAACAAGAACUUAUUUCCAAAGGUUUAAUACCUUAUACAACUGAAGAAGCAAUUAAAAACUAUGUUGAACAACAACGAUUACAGAUAAUAACAAAUAAUAUUGAUAUAGAUAAUUCCUAUCGUAAAAAAUGUUUGAUAGAUUAUAUUCCAUCGAAUAAACCUUUGAAUAAAAAUGAAGAAUUCGAAGCAUUUGAAAGUGAUAAUGUUCAUCCACGUUUAGAAAAUAUUUUACCGGAUUAUAAAUUUCAAACAAAAUUAGGCAAAGAUUUAGGAAUGAAAUUUGAAAAUGAUUUACAUAAAUCUCAAAUACAAAUAAAAACAAUUUUUCCUAAAAUUAAUCAAUCUGAUCGUAUUCGACAAGAAUUAGAAGCUGUUAAAACAAGUGAAGGACUUUAUGCUUAUUCAAAUCGUUUAAUUAAACAAAUAUCAAAAUAA